AUGAAUGGGAAAAGUCUCUCAUUUGAGAUUGGAGGCUUCAGUGAUUCUCUAGCCCCCAGCCUAGACCAGCCCUCUAAGCUGCAGCAGGGCUGUUACCUAUCCAAAGUGUUGAGGAACUACACCGAGCAGGCUUGUGACGGCGACUUCCUGUCGGUCCGCUGCCCGCCCCGCACCACCAUCACCGUCCAAUCGGCUUUCUACGGCAGGAAAGGCCCCUCCCACCCCCAGCAGUGCCCGUCCUACCCGAGAUACACCCUUGUAGGGACACACCCACUGGAGGAUGACACAUAUUGUUACAUGUCCACUGCACUACAGAAAAUGUUGGAUGAGUGCCAGGACAGGAGGAUCUGUCAGGUCCUUGUCACCAGUCGUCUCUUCGGGAUGGACCCGUGCCCCAGUAGCAGCAAAUACCUCAUUGUGUGGUACAAAUGCAUGCCUAAUGAGUAUAAGAGUACGGUGGUGUGUGAGGAGGAGAGGAUGAAGCUGAGCUGUAAACAGGGGAUGCAGAUUGCCGUCUACUCUGCCAUGUUUGGUCGAACCCAACAGGGGACCCUGGAGUGUCCUACCCACCACAGGGCACCCUCCGUAGGUAAGACCGUCACCCAUGUAUAG